AUGAUGCACUUGCUGUACAAAGCAUUAACCAGUGCGACGAUACCUCCUCUCCCUCUUCCCCCGCGCGACUUCGCCGAUUCCGCCGAGGAUGGCGACUCACACAGCAUCGGCGGCGUCAUCAUCGCCUCCGUCGUCCCGGCGACCGCCAUCUCGACGAUGUUCGCUCUAUCGCGGUUGUUUGUGAGGGGAUGGAUUCAGAAGCGGGUUCACUUCGAUGACGGAAUCUUGCUUGCCGCGGUGGUUUCGGGAUGGACGUCAACCGGAGCAACGCUCAAGGCGGUGUCAAUCGGUCAUGGGAGACACGUCGCGACGCUGUCGGAUCCGCAGAAGGAGGCGAUCCUGCAUUGGACGAUCAUGUCAUUCGCAUUCGGCAUCUUCGCGCUGGUCUUACCGAAGCUCGCCGUUGUCGCUCUGGUCAACCGCCUUCUUCAACCUAAGAAGGCCCAACGAAUUUUCCUAUGGGGACUUGUGGUCUUUUGUUCUGAGAUGUCUUUCAUGACAAAGGCAUGCCUGGGCCCAGACAUGGCCGUGGAAUAUUCAAUAUCAACAAGUGCAAUAUCUGCCGCGACAAACGCUUACAUCGCGAUUUACGUUGCGUUUUCGAUUCGCAAAUUGCACUUCGCAAGGAGGAAACGUAUUGGACUGGUGGUAUCCCUAUCUCUUGGUGCUGUAGCGCUGUUUACAGCAAUUUUCAAAUGCACGAGAUUAAAAUCUCUCGGCAGCCCUGACUUCACAUAUGAUGCCGCAGAUCUUGUCAUAUGGACAAGUCUUGAAGCGGACGUGGUCAUCAUGGCCCUAUGGAGCAUCAGUCACGAUCCCGAAGCAGCACGAAGCUGCGACACGGAGAUCCAGAUGCCCGAAAUGAUUAUGGUCGAACGACAGUUCGAAAUCAACGUAACGAAGAGUAUCCACACGUGGACACCAGACACGAACCCAUCAGCAGUAACGGAAGAAGAAAAGUUUCGAAUAGUUAAGGACGAAGGGCCGGAUGGAGUUGUAACGACAACAGUUGUCGUGAUGUCGUCGGCGCCUGCGGAUGUUACGAGAUUCCCCCAAGCGUGA